AUGUUCCAGGAAGACAAGCCGAAUACAGAGCAUAGAUCCAAGGUCAUGUCUGCCAUUUUCCACAGGUCUUUAGAGAAGUUGUACACGACAGCCAUAAGAGGUGAGGGUGUCUAUUUAUACACCGAUAGAGGAGAUAAAAUCCUUGACGGUUGCUGCGCGCGGCAAUCGCCCGGCAAUGUCACAUCUACAAAACGACUCGUAUCACGGAAGCACCUUCGGCGCCUUGGCUGCGGGAAACAACACUACCAGGAGAGAACCCUUCGCACCCAUCCUGAGCUCCGUGUUCCAUCAUGUCAGCCGCUGUCUCAUGAUGUUGAUGGCGUAGGCGUGACAGAGAGUGAAUACGAAGACCGUCUAAUGGCUGAAUUCAAGGCUAUAAUUAACACGCUUGGUCCCAAGACUGUGGCCGUAGUCAUUGCCGAGCUUGUGAAUGGUACGUUCCAGGGCCAUUCGAUGGAGUGCGCCGGUGCUCUCACUGUACAGAAAAUUCUGGACCGUGAUAAUUUGAUCCUGGAUGUGAUGAAGAGGGGAUUGCUGCUUGAGUCCUUUUUGCCGGGGGGUCUGUUGUCAUAUAUGAAAGAGUAUGGUGUUAGUCUGCGUGGAUCACGGCUGUUCAGAACUGUGGACCAUGGACGGUUGGCACUCAUCUGUACUGAGGCAUCGCUGAUACGAACCAAUUCCUCAUCUAUGGGUAGUUCUUCAUUUGGCUCUGACGUCCCAUCAGCCGUAGGAGUCUGA